UAUGAGGAUCUUCACAAAGCUCUCUGCACCACUCUGCCUCCUUUUUGUCUUCCUCUGUCUUAAAACUGCCUUCUCAACAACACAUCUCUGCUCUCAUGAGGAGGCUCUUGCUUUGCUUCAAUUCAAGACAUCCUUCUCCAUCAAUUACACUGCUUCUGAUCCAGAUUAUUGUGAUUAUCAACCUAAUUAUUCUAAGAUUGAGUCAUGGAAGGAAGGUAUAGACUGUUGUUCCUGGGAUGGGGUUAGCUGUGAUAAUGUCACAGGCCAUAUAAUUGCCCUUAAUCUCAGCUGCAGUUUCCUUUAUGGCACCUUUCCUUCCAACAGCACUCUUUUCUUCCUCAGAAACCUGCAGAGCCUCAAUCUUGCCUUGAAUGAUUUUAGGCUUUCCAAGAUUCCACCAGAAAUCAGUCAGUUUACUAGACUAAAGCAUCUUGAUGUCUCUUCUUCUCAAUUUUCGGGCCAAGUUCCGAGAGAAAUUGCUCACCUCCCCAAGUUAGUUUCUCUCAAUCUCUCUUACAAUUGGGACUUGAUCCUUGAAACAACUACCUUGAGAUAUCUUGUUCAAAAUUUGAGUGAGGUGAGAGAACUUGUGCUUAGUGGACUGAGCAUGACAUCUGUUAAUCCUCGUUUCUUCAUGAAUCUCUCUUCUUCUUUGACUACUCUUCGUCUUUUUAAUUGUCAGUUAAGAGGAAACUUUCCAAACAGUAUUUUCCGCUUUCCAAAUCUCAAGAGAUUUAGUUUAGGUGGAAAGGGAAACCUCACUAUUGAUCUUCCAAGUUCCAAUUGGAGUAGUCCUCUCCAAGAUUUGUAUUUAGUUGAUAUGGACCAAGAUUUGUAUUUAGGUGAUAUGGAUUGCGGAAGGCGAUUGCGAGAGUCUAUAGGAGAUCUAAAGUCAUUACAGUAUCUGAGCCUUGGCUGCAACUUGGAAGGUUCCAUUCCAGCUUCCAUAGGGAACUUAUCUCAACUUACUUACCUAAGCCUCUCUUAUAACAAUCUUAGCGGGCAAAUCCCAUCAUCACUUGCAGACCUCACACAACUUACCUGUCUUUACCUUUCCAAUAAUCAGUUUUCUGGUCCCAUUCCAGCUUCCAUAGGUAACUUAAGGCAACUUACUAGCCUAGACCUCUCUUCUAACAAUCUUAGCGGACAAAUCCCAUCAUCACUUGCAGACCUCACACAACUUACCUAUCUUGACCUUUCCAAUAAUCAGUUUUCUGGUCCCAUUCCAGCUUCCAUAGGUAACGUAAGGCAACUUACUAGCCUAGACCUCUCUUUUAACAAUCUUAGCGGACAAAUCCCAUCAUCACUUGCAAACCUCACCCAACUUACCUCUCUUGACCUUUACAAUAAUCAGUUUUCUGGUCCCAUUCCAGCUUCCAUAGGUAACUUAAGGCAACUUACUAGCCUAGUCCUCUAUUCUAACAAUCUUAGUGGACAAAUCCCAUCAUCACUUGCAAACCUCACCCAACUUACCUAUCUUUCCCUUUCCGAUAAUCAGUUUUCUAGUCGCAUUCCAGCUUCCAUAGCUUCCAUUGGUAACUUAUCUCAACUAACUUACUUAAUGCUCUCUUCUAACAAUUUUAACAGACAAAUCCCAUCAUCACUUGCAAACCUCACCCAACUUACCUAUCUUUCCCUUUCUUAUAACUUACUUAAUGGCACGUUGCCACCUUGGAUUUUCACCCUACCUUUGUUAGAGUACUUGUUUCUUAGUCAUAACCAAUUUCAAGGUCAAAUAAAUCAAUUCCGGCCAAACUCCAUGUUCUCGGCGUUUCAAAAUCUCAAAAUUCUUGACCUUUCUCAUAACAGCUUAAUUGGGAAGAUUCCAAAUUGUCUUCCUAAGUCUCUCUCAGUGUUGAAUUUGCAGGCCAAUUACUUUGAUGGAAAUAUAGCAUUUGGGUUUCCAGAGGGCUGUGGAUUACGAAAUCUCAACUUACAUGGAAAUCAAAUGGAUGGCUUAUUACCAAGGUCUUUGGUGAAUUGUCGCAUGUUAGAGGUUCUAGACGUUGGCAACAACAACAUAGGUGGUACAUUCCCUCAUUGGUUGGAAUCUCUACUAGACCUUCAAGUGCUUGUCUUAAGGUCCAACAAGUUCCACGGUUCUGUGCAGAGCACCAAACAAAGUCCAUCUUUUCCUAAGUUGCGAGUUUUGGACCUCUCCAGCAAUGAUUUUCGUGGCCCUUUGCCUGUUCGGUACAUUGAAAAUUUUAAAGCGAUGAUGGACCUUUAUAGAGAUGAGGAUUCUCCGGAAUACAUGAAUGUCAGUUCUUAUCAAUGUUCAGUGGUUGUGACAUGGAAGGGAUUCGACUAUGAGCUGCCGGGAAUCUUGACCGUAUUCAGUAGUAUUCAUCUCUCAAAUAACAUGUUUGAGGGAGAAAUUCCAGAUGUUAUUGGAAAGCUUAGUUCUCUCAAAGGGCUUAAUCUUUCUCAUAACAACCUUACUGUUCAUUUGAGAUCGUUAAGCGUAGAAAGCAAUCAUCUGGGUGGUGACCAAGGUGAGGUUUUAGGCCUGGAUUUGGAGUCUCUGAAGAUUUUGCUGAAGCGGGGAGUCUUUAUUGGGGCAAUGCUUUAUUGUCUUUUGGUUUUCGCGUGCAAGAGAGUGCUCGCGGUGGAGGGAGUGGUGAAUGUCGUACGGAGUGAUUGAGCGGUGGGCAUUGCUGUUGAGGAAUGCGUGGCCUACGGUUUCUAUGGUUCUUAAGAUUUUCAAAGAGCAAGGUGUGAUUUUGACUGCACUUUUGGGUCUAUCUGCAUUCUUCUCAAUGGCGGAGACUUCUAUAACUACACUCUGGCCAUGGAAGGUUUGCUUUCUUGGUUUGAAGAUUGAUAGCUCUUAUAAUUAGUGAAUAGCAAUUGAAAUCUGAGUUUGUGCCUUGUCUGCCUCUUUUUGUGCUCGUAUGUAACUCAUUGUGAAUUUGUAGUAAAUUAGAGUAAAAGGCUUAAAUUUGUUUCAGGAUAAAUCUCUUUAAGUUAGCUCCUGAGUUGUAGAGUUUGUUGUUACAAAGUUUUGUGCUUCCUUUGUAAACAAUAAAGGAAGAAUGAAUAAGAAAUCAUGUUGGGUAACUCUAAUAGACUGUAGAAUGAUCA